AUCCUCUCGACUUCUGAACGCCUUAUAAAUGAUCACAGAUCUUCAUUUUAUGUCAUUCACACAUAAUCUUCCGACAGAUUCAGAAAUGUUUAGUGAACUCAAAAUAUCGGUUUUCUUUGCUCUAGUCUUUGCAGCGAUAGUGUCUGCAAAUGAGAGAAGCAAGAGGUCAGGUUUGGGUGAUCUGGGUUCGUCCGUUUUGCUCCCUUGGCAAUCAUCAAAUGUUGGAGGACUUCGCAAUAACAUUUACAGAACAGUACCAGGCUCCGAAGUUUUAAGAGUGAGGAAUAUUGAUAAUCAGAAUCUUAAUGGACAAAAUGAAUUGCAGCAGAGACAAAGAGAUUUAGUCAGGCUUUCGUCUGCAUAUGAAAGCAGAGAGCUUAAUCAACCUCAAAGUGCUAUAAAUUCAGAUUCCAUUCAAGAUUCCCUGAAACAGUAUACUAUCGGAAGAGAAGGCCAACGUGGAUUGCAACAACAGAACGGUUAUUCAGCUCUUGGUGCUUAUAGUCUAUUCGAUUCCAACCCAUCAACUGAUGAAAAUCCAGCAUUGAAUGGAGAAACAGGACAAAGACAAUCCCAAUAUUUAGACCUGUCAAGAAACCAACUCAUAACCAAUCAGUUGCCCCAACAAAGCUUAGACGGAAGUGAUGACCAAUCAAAUAUACAGUUGAAUAAAAUCAUUCCCUUGGGAGGUCAACCUAAUAGAUACUACAACCAAGCUCUCAUCAAUUCAAAUAGGUUCAACAGAUACAGCCAACUUCCUGGUUUAGGACAGGAACUUUCCGGAGUGAAUGCAGAGGAAAAUAAUUCCUUGAGAUAUUUGCUGUCUAAAGUUGUACAAUCUGAUGAAGAACUCAGGCAAAGAGGUUUGAGGAACUCUGGACGUAUUGUGUCAGCGAAUGUAUUGGAACAAAAUGCUGUUCCAACUGAAGCACUCAAACAAUUUUUAGUGAGAGGUAACCAAGAACCUGCUGAACAAGCAACUACUCAACAGAACAAUCAAGAUUCGAUCCAAGAAGUCAAUGAGAGCGAUGAUGCACAAAGACUUUAUCAAUCAUUGAGGACAUUAGGCAAUGGGCAAGUUAACCGACCAGUUGCACAAGAUUCUCUCCCUUCAGUUUACAAUAGACAAUAUCCUUUAGAAGAUGCAAGAAUUCCACAGAGACAAUCUGCUCAACUUCAAGUAGGUAAUUCUAACUCUGAAAAUCUCGCUAGGCAGCUUCAAAACCAAGGAAAUGUGAACCAGCAACAGGGUAAUAGUUACACUUAUGGUGAAUUAAGUGCCAAAAUAUGGAAUGUAAUCAAAUCUAACCCAGCCAUGAUGUCCAAUCUUGAUAAUUUGAGGGAACAACUUUUGAAUGGAAACAAUUCAGGAAACGAACAGAUGGGCCAACUGAAAUCUUUACUACAAGAAGCCCGUAAUAGAAACAUUUUCAUUCCAAGAAACAUCGUAGGAUCCCCUGAGGAACAAGAACGCAAUAUCGUUGUUAAUAAUCUCAUUGGCGCUAUGAACAGGAACAACAUCCUUUCAAAUCGUUUGAGUGCUAAAGGUCAAGGAUUAUAUAGAGGAUGGAGAGUAUAAAGAAUAUUUCUACGAAUUGGAUAAACAGAUUUAUUAAUUUCUUGUUGUGACAAGUUACAAUGCACCCAUUGAUAUUUGUUAUGUUUUGUUUAUAGACUUGUUGAAUAUUGUUGAGUUUUAUAUGUUUUAUUGAUGAAUAAAAUUAAUUUUCAGAA